CAGAUUACUGCAGGUAUAAAGGUGCUGUGAAAUGCUUGUGGGAGCUCCCUCAGCAGUUCAGGACAUUAUCAGUUAAUGACGACAAAAACAGUCAAGUUAUAAAUAAGUCAUAGAAGUAAGAGGUAGUAUUCAUGGUAAUAAUGGACUAUUAGUAUUUACAAAUAUAAAGUGGGUAGUGUCUUGGUCACGCAGUGGAAUAACGUUAAAUUGUAUUCUGUUGGAUUUCUUGAGAACCCGAGAGCCCAUGCUUAAUUUCUUCAGUCCCCGCGGUGGUGGUGUGACUGGACCAUACCCGGUCAUCUGUGACGUGCACACCAAGGAACUUGAAGCCUUUGAACCUCUCCACUGCAGCCCGUCGCGCCUUCACCCCGUUUCCUGUAGUCCACCAUCAACUCCUUGGUUUUACUGUCAAUGAGACCGAGGCUGUUUUCCUCGCACCUCUCUGCCAGGACUCUUGACCACCUCCCUGUAGGCUGUUACGUCUGCGGUAAGGCCCACCACUAUCGUAUCGUCAGCAAACUUAAAUGGUGUUGGAGUCAUGGGUGUACAAUGAGUACAGAAAUGGGCUGAGCACUAAUUCGCGGGUGAGCUGUUUGUUCACCCGCACCCACCUGCAGUAGCUAAAGAUCCAUCCGCAACCACCCGACUCACUAUGCGAUAAAGUGAAAAUCUGAAGCCAGCACUGGACCCAAACCCGCAAAUAUGGAAAAUGCGCAGUAGCCUACAGACUGCGGGGGAAAAAAGUGGACAGGAUAUCAAAAAUAGGUCUAUGUUUCUGUUUUAUAUUUUUGCCAACUCUCAGGCCGUGAAACACUAAUCACGGCACACCUUAUCUAUCUAACGCGCAUUGAAAAGUACUGCUUUUAUUCUUCUAAUUAGGCCAUUAUAGUCAGUGCAUUAACUUUUCAACUGUGCUCCAAAUCGUUUUGAAACCGGAGCAUCUGCGACUGCAAUUGAACAUCACGAGCGAAAAUCUACCCUGUCUUGCUACAACGCUGAAAUGCGGAACAUUGAAGCAUAUUACUGGUGAAGUUAUGUUAAGGAUCAAGGGGAUUGGAUGCAUGUUUUAAAGAAACACCCCUCAAGAUUAGAGUGGAAAUGAAUGCGGAUAGAACCUUUAUUGUUGAGUUUAAAACUGUAAAAAAAAACUUAUGUACAAUGUUGUCAACAAAAUUAGGUUGCUGUUACUCCCGCACCUAUUGCAGAAUGCAGCCUUUUGACAGCAUAUUUAAUCCACACUUGCAAAAGUGUUUUUGGUGAUUGGCAUUUAGGCUGUGACAGACCCAGAGUAUGUUUUAGCAGGGACGUUUGGUACAGUGACCUGAUUUGGAACUAUGAAAAAUAAUUUCGUCAAACAGAUUAUGAACCCAAAAGUGUCCAUUUUAUGGGUGGACAAUAAAUAGAAACAAUUUAGUUUAGUGUGUAGGGGCAGAUUUGUCAUCUUGUCUUCGGGAUAUUUGCUGUAUUUAGUCUGAUCAGUGGAACAAUUGUCAUUCUUAACAAUGAGCAACAAUAUAGGGUCAUUCCUGUGCUUGUCAUCAAGAACACUACUGUUAUUCCCCACACUUAUUUUAUAGUUCCACUUCCCAAUGUUGCCAGUGUUAUCACAUAUUUGAAAUCUGAUGUGACAACUUGUCUUUGUAAAUUAAUUAUAUGAGGCUAUGUAUUUUUGCAGCCAUUCAUGGACGAUUUUGAAUAAGUCAUACAAAUAAGCAUGGGAUAUUAAAUGCUCUAGGAAUCAAAUAUAAUUUGACAUGUUAGGGGGACUCCAAUGACACUCCCUGUGAGUCUUCUCUCUCCAUCCCCUCAUUCUGAAUGCAGUCCGUGUGUCCAUAUUCAAAUGAGAGCGAGACAUUGCCUGCACAGGUGUUAAGGUCAAAUGCUGCGUCCGCAGUUGGUUUGUUCUCACUCCUUUUGAACAAAGAAGUCUGAAUCGUUCCAGUCGAAGGAUGGGCAGGAUUCAACACCUGAUAUUAUGGGCUGUGUUGGUGGUGUGUUGUGUAGCUGAGAGACAGUACUUCUUCCAGUCCAACUCCUCCACUUGGGAACAGGCCAGGCUACACUGCCAGGUGUGCUACAAGGAGAUGGUGAGCCUGACCCCUGAAAACAUCCAGCAACUUGCCCAGAACCUGACCUCUUCAUACUGGAUCGGCCUCCGCAAAACCAUGAACAACGGCUCCUUCCCCUGGUCCCGCUGGUCCAACGGAAACCCCCUCGCCUUCCAGAACUGGUACCCCGGUCGCCCCAUACUCUCCAAGCCCAAGAAUCCUGUGAACAUCUAUAACAACUACUAUUCCAUCCUCCCCAAUUACUGUGGGUGUUGCUGCACCAAUAACAGCAACUCUACCAGUGUUCCCCCGGUAACUACUGUUAAUAGUAGCUACCAUGGUACUGACUUCACAGAAAAGGUAAACAUGACUGCAUCGUCAACGAAGACACCAGCCGUGACAAAGAUGACGUCUGUCAUGACGGGAUCAACGUUCUUUACUGGAGUUACUGGUGGCAUCAAUGGCACCAAUAUGACUAGUGGGAACAAUGGGACGAAUGAAACUGAGACCGACGUGUACAUUGAGGAGCCUUGCAUAGCCAUGCUCAGUUUUGGACUUUGGUUCGAUAAAAUCUGCUCAGAGCUUCUUCCUUAUAUCUGCUAUGAAGACCGUUUCUACGGUAAUGCCACCAUGACCAACAAGACACUACACAGUGCGACUCUGAGCUGGACCCGUGGGCCUGGUGACAUCAGCGGAUACAGGAUGGAGGUCAAGUCCACUGACUACAACCUGACCCUAAACCACAGCUGUCUGAACCAGACCUAUGACCUUUCCAACCUCACCGCCGGAACCCAGUACAGAGUCCAGGUGUUCCCCAUUAAGUGUGGAAGAGACCUCAACCCACAGAACGUCUCCUUCUACACCAAAACAAGCAUCUUCCUGACCUGGUUCGCUCCUGAGGGCAACAGUGACUUGUACAACAUUCAGGUGAGGGGUGAACCCGACCUGAAAAUGACCACACGCACAGAGAGCGCCCUGGUCAAAGGCCUGAUACCAGGAGGGUUCUACACGUUUGAGGUCAAUGCCGAGGUGGAGGACAAGUCCAUCGAGGGAGAUCGGAUGGAUAUCCCCUCCUACACCAAACCAGGAAUGGUGUCAAACUUAAAGCCGUCUGCUCUUACUAAUGACAGUGUCCAAUUCCAAUGGGAACAGCCGACAGGUAACACCUCUGGGUACAGAGCGCACGCCUGGAGAGAAGAAAAAAACAUAACGGUUCACAUAUUCUGGAAGAAUCUGACAUACACGAAUCUGACGGUGGGGAACCAGUCGCCAGGUGACAAGAUCUGGCUGAGCGUUGUGGCACUGGUGCCCGACGGAUCGGUUGAGGGAGAACCCAGCAAAGUGAUUGGCCGCACCACUCCAGGUGAAGUUACAAACUUACAGCUGAACAUUACUGAGGACACCAUCAUAGUGUACUGGACACCUCCUCAGGGAAACUACGAGACAUUCAGUGUUCAGCUCAAGCUAAAUGCUUCUAACAAGGAAGUGGAUACAGAGAAUACAACUGACAGUCAACUCUCAUUCACCAACCUAAAGGCAGGAGCUGAAUAUUUAGUGACAGUCACCACUCUGAAUGGGUAUCUCAAGAGUUACCCAAUUUCCACUGCAAAUUUCACUCUUCCUCUCCCACCGCAAUCAGCCCAAAUCGAUUUCUUCAAUAAGAGUCAUGUCAUCCUGUCAUGGAAAGCCCCCGUGGCAUCCCAAGGUGUACAAAUAAUGUACCUGGUGAAAUACAUAACUGAAUUCUGGAAUGAUACGCAGACGUACGAGACACACACAACCAACUAUACAUUUCAUGAGUUGCAUGCUGGGACCAAGUACACCUUCGAAGUAAGAGUGAAGGCGGGAACCCAGGAAAGCCAGCCCGUCCAAACAUCACAGACCACAAGUGCUACGGUGAGAGUUCGAACUAUGACUAUGGCGUGUUCCUCCAGCGAACCUUCCAUCUGUGAGAAUAGCGGCACACGGACAGAGGUCCUGCAAAAUUUGAUUAGCCAUUUCCGCAAGUGGUUCAGCAAGAUGGAAAAUGAAACUUUGGUUGAUAAGGUGUUCUGGGAACUGGAGUGGCGAGGGGCAUAAUUACACACACACACACACACACCAUCUAUUCAAUAUAAUUUCUUAGUCAAGAUUAACAUGAAUUGUAUUUUGAUAAUAAAAAAAUUAUAACAAUAGAUAAAUGAAGAGUUGGAUGUGUGCCAAGAAGGUAUGUGUUUUGAAUUUCUUGUCUAUCCUUGUUUUGCUUGUUUUCAGGAUGUGAUGUAUGUUUUACAAAUGCAUUUUAGUAAGGUAUUUUCUCUGACCAAAUUACUGAAUAAAGGGCUGACUGUC